AACUGACUGGGCAGGUCUGUGUGAUGAAGAAAAAUUAGAUAAAGUGAAUUAAUUGUAAGUGAACUUGACUGUUUCCUGGUAAAUCUGUUGAACAACCAUGCCAAAGCAGAAGACUCAUGUUAAUGUGGUCAUCAUCGGCCAUGUUGACAGUGGGAAGUCCACCACCACUGGCCACCUGGUCUACAAGUGUGGUGGCAUUGAUCAGAGGAAGCUGGAGAAGUUUGAGAAGGCUGCUUCUCAGAUGGGGAAGAGUUCCUUCAAGUUUGCCUGGCUGCUGGACAAGCUGAAGGCCGAGCGAGAACGAGGGAUCACCAUCGAUAUUUCCCUGCUGAAAUUUAGCACCCAGAAAUACAGCAUGACCGUCAUUGAUGCGCCGGGCCAUCGUGAUUUUAUCAAAAACAUGAUAACUGGAACAUCUCAGGCCGAUGUUGCCCUUCUGGUGGUUUCUGCGGCGAAAGGCGAAUAUGAAGCAGGUGUGUCCAGAAGUGGUCAGACCAGAGAGCAUGCCUUACUGGCCUACACGCUGGGCGUCAAGCAGAUGAUAGUCUGUGUGAACAAGAUGGACUUGACUGAACCGCCGUACAGCCAGAAUCGCUACGACGAAGUGGUGCGAGGUGUCAAAGUCUUCCUAAAGAAGAUCGGCUAUGACAUCACAACUAUACCAGUUGUUCCKAUUUCUGGCUGGACUGGAGAGAAUAUGAUCACCCCAACUCAAAAGAUGCCGUGGUACCAAGGUUUUAAAGUGCGACAAAGGGAUGGGACGGCAAGUGGGAAGACUCUGCUGGAAGUCCUGGAUUCAAUUCAGCCACCUGUGCGCACCAUUAACAAACCCCUCCGGCUGCCUCUGCAGGAUGUGUACAAAAUUAGAGGAGUUGGGACUGUGCCGGUGGGUAAGAUUGAAACUGGCMUCCUCAAACCUGGGAUGACCCUGAUGUUCUCCCCUGCCAAGCUCACUGCAGAAGUGAAAUCCAUUGAGAUGCACCACCAGGGUCUGGACACUGCUCUGCCAGGGCACAAUGUUGGCUUCAACAUUAAGACCGUGUCCAAGAACCUGCGGCGAGGAGACGUGGCUGGUAAUGCUCAGCAGGACCCUCCCUCAGAUGUCCGCAGCUUUGAAGCUCAGGUGAUCAUCCUGAACCAUCCAGGGAAGAUUAAAACGGGCUACUCCCCGGUGCUGGACUGCCACACUGCCCACGUCACAUGCCGCUUCGCAGAGCUGAAGGAGAAGCUUGACCGCCGCACAGGCAAGAAGCUGGAGGACCACCCACAGAUCCUGAUGUCUGGAGAUGCUGCCACAGUCAAACUGGUUCCUGUGAAGCCCAUGUGUGUGGAGAGCUUCUUCCAUUACCCUCCUUUAGGUCGCUUUGCAGCACGAGACCUAAAGCAAACGGUUGCAGUGGGAGUCAUAAAGUCUGUGGAGAAGGACCACGGGUCAAAAGUGUCGCACAAAACCCAAGGCUCUAAAUAAAACAAGUUAAAAUGUAAUUAUGGGAAAGCUUUGUGUUCAGUUUGAUUUUGAAAUGUAAAAUCUUGUGUUUUAAUAGAAGGUUUUGGUUUAGUUCAAAUGCAGCAACAAAUGUUUGAAUGCAAGGCUUGUAACUUUACUUUUUUUAAUAAAGUGUUGUAAAAC